AUGGGUGCGGUGAUGAGCUGGGCGGCCUCCGUCUUCGCGGGGAAGAAGGCCACCGUCCUGAUGCUCGGCCUCGACGCCGCCGGGAAGACGACGCUGCUCGCGAAGUUAAGCCUCAACGAGACCCCCGCGACGGUGCCGACGGUGGGAUUCAACGUCGAGACCGUCGCCUUCGCCGGGGUGACGAUGCACCUGUGGGAUGUCGGCGGGCAGCGUCGGCUGCGGGGCCUGUGGCGGCAUUACUACGACGGCGCCGACGCCAUCCUCUUCGUCAUCGACAGCAACGACGCGGGGCGGCUUGGGGAGGUCCGUGGGGAGCUCGUCCGGCUGCUCCGCGAGCCCGCCCUCGCCCGGGCGAGUUUGCUGCUGCUGUGUAACAAACAAGACCUCCCGGGGCGGCUCCCGCCGGCGGAGAUCGCGCGGCGGUUGGGGGUCUACGACGUCGUCGACGAGGACGCCCUGGGGCGGUAUUUGGCGGGGCGCCGGUGGUACGUGCAGGGCUGCUGCGCGUUUACCGGGCAAGGGUUGUUUGAGGGGCUCGAUUGGCUUUGUCAGCACCUCCCGGAGGCGACCUAA